GUAUAGUCCCAGACCACAAAAAUUAUAUCCAGUCAAGAAUUUUUUAAAUGUCACUGUCAUCAUCUGUCACAUUCCCACAUGACACAAGCUAAAGUAAGGUUAUGUUUUUUUGGAAUACAAUUUUUAAUCUACCUGUUACACGCAUUUUCCUAAUUUAAUUUAAGAAAAUACAAAUUGUAACAAAAUGGGAAAAAAAGAUAAAUCCUCCAUGUCAUCCGGUCUCGGACGAAGUCUAAUAAAAAACAGAUUUGGGAGCAAUAAAGGAAAGAAAAUGGUCGCAAAUAACUCCAUGUUACACACUACAGAAAUCCAAGACGGUUACGAUUGGGGUCGCUUGAAUUUGCAAUCGGUUACCGAAGAGUCCUCGUUUCAGGAAUUUCUGUCCACAGCCGAACUGGCUGGCACCGAUUUUCAGGCUGAAAAACUAAAUAUAAAGUUUGUAAAUCCCCGUUCUAACGUAGGAUUACUCACUAAAGACGAAUUGGAAGCUGCUAAACAAGCGCACACUAAAAACAAAUCCAAUCUCAAAAUUCCUCGAAGGCCUCCUUGGAACGCGGAGACAUCUCCUGACGAGCUGGACAGGAACGAGAAAGAAGCGUUUUUGGAGUGGAGGAGAUCCUUAGCUCAAUUGCAGGACGAGGAAUCCAUACUUUUGACUCCUUACGAAAAGAAUUUGGAGUUCUGGAGGCAACUUUGGCGGGUAAUCGAACGAAGUGAUGUAAUAGUACAAAUCGUCGAUGCCAGGAAUCCGCUGUUAUUCAGAUGCGAAGAUUUAGAGCUGUACGCAAAGGAAGUAUCGAGUGAUAAACUGAAUUUAAUACUUAUAAAUAAGGCUGAUUUUUUAACUGAGAAGCAGAGGCAACAUUGGGCUGAUUAUUUCGAAAGUAUAGGAGUCAGUGUAGUUUUUUAUUCAGCUUACUUGGCUUCUCUCGAUGAUGUGCCUGAAGAGGAAGAAGAUGAGUCGAUUUCCAGCAAAGAGGAAAUUCCUGAUAACAACGAAACAAAAUCAACAGAUAUUGAAGUACUUCAAGAAAGUGUAACGAAUCUAGAAAACGCUGUUGAAGAAAAUGCGCAAACAUUAAAUAAGAUUAUUGAUAAAAUCGAAAAACUUGUGGAAAAAACUAAUUUAAAUGAACGCAAAUCGUUUAAUUCUAGUAAAUUAUUAAAUCGAGAAGAAUUUAUUGAUUUACUUAAGACCAUUCACAAAGGAAAGAAGGUAACUGAUGGGGUGACAACAAUUGGUUUAGUAGGUUAUCCGAAUGUAGGAAAAAGUUCAACUAUUAAUUCCUUGCUGAGGAGCAAAAAAGUAUCCGUAUCUGCAACACCUGGUAAAACCAAGCAUUUCCAAACGCACUAUUUGGAUAAAGACAUCCUUCUGUGCGAUUGUCCUGGUUUAGUAAUGCCUAGUUUCGUCUUCUCCAAAGCCGAGAUGAUUCUCAACGGUAUACUUCCAAUAGACCAAAUGAGAGACCACGUUCCACCCACAAAUUUACUAACCAGUCAGAUUCCUCGUCAUGUUAUAGAAGAUAAAUACCAUAUAAUGAUACCGAAACCAAUCGAAGGGGAGGAUGCUAGCAGAGAUCCCACGGCUGAAGAGUUACUGAACGCGUAUGCUUACAAUCGAGGUUUCAUGACGGCAAAUGGCCAACCUGAUAACCCGAGAGCUGCUCGAUAUGUUUUGAAAGAUUACAUGAAUGGAAAGCUGUUGUAUUGCCAUGCUCCGCCGAAUGUUGAACAAACAGAGUACCAUGUAUGGCCGGAGAGGCAAAAUUUGAAAAUAGAAAGUACCAUUUUGCCCCCGAGAACUGCAAGAGCAAUAAGAACCUUACAUGCUACUACCGAUGAUAUCGAUAAGGUGUUUUUCAAUACAGCUAAACAAGGGGCUCAUACUAAAGGAAUUAGAGGAAUUCCGUCGGAUUUUAAUCGCAGCAGUUCAUCUGAUGCUCAAAAUAUGGCGGAGAAACCGUGGAAGCAGCAUAAUAAGCAUAAAAAUAAGGGUAAGAAAGAAAAGUUGAGAAGGGUUUACGCUCAUCUGGACCAACAUUGAUUUAAUGUUUGCAUUUAAAAAACAAAUCAAAUGUAUAAACACAUUUUAAUCCUUCUAAUUUGUAAUAUAACAAUUUAAUUAUAAAGACAAAUAAAUUGAAGUAGAUUAUUUAAAUGAACAUGCAGUUUUGUUUUAUUAUAACUGGUGUAACAUAAUUGAUACAAUUAAUUGUAAUUAUAGAAAAACCACUUUCUAUCUUUUAUAUACAUAAUAAAAAGUACUAAACUCUAAGUUAAUUAAAUCCUAAAAUUGUACAGUUAGUUUUCUUUACAUUCCACAUCAAGCCAAAGGAAUUUUUUUGUACACGUGCAUUUGGUUCUCUAAGUUCAAAUUCAAAAUGCUGCAUUUUCCGUAAAUCUUGAUAUAACCACUUAAAAGUAAACCUAAAAUCGAUUAAGUAACUGUAACGGCUGAAUUUACAAAAAAACGCUGAACUCCGAGGCUGCUCAAAUUAAAAAAAAAAUAAUAACUAAAUGCUAAUUCCUAAUUCUACGUCUCCUCGUCUUCCAGGCCCGGAACCCCCGGUAGACUUAUUUUAGCCCUUUUAGCACUGGGUCCCGACACAUUCACCCUUUCCUCCUUAUCGUCCGUCACGUCCUGCUCGCCCAGCAUCUCCGCCGCCUUCUUAAUCAACUCCUCCUCCGUAAGCGAACUAAGCACACUGGGUUUUUCUUCGACCAAAGGCGAACCAAUCAGAGGGGAAUUCACCAAAUGGGGUUUUAUCAACGGCUUGUUCGGCAACUUCAAAGGUAUCGUAUCCCCCGGCACGCUGUUCUGCACCUGGUUAGGUGUACUGCUCGCUGCUCGAUUAUUCCGUUUCGGUAUCAACAGAGGAAUAGUAAGAUCCGUUUGCGAGUCGUUCUUCGGAACUGGUGGCUUAACUCACGUCUCCUAUCGAUUUGAUGCUAUCUAGAAUUUGCUGGAGAUUAGUCGGUAGGGCGAUAUUCGCCAGGGCUGUCGUACCAAUCUCCGUCGAAGCGCUGACAAUGUUUUGGGUCAUGCUAUUAAUUUCAGACAUCUGCAUCUCGAUCUUCUUAUUCAACUCCUCAAUCUGCCUCUGUACUUCGAGGGUACUCGAAGGCAAGCUACCCGUAAGGCCUAAAAACAGCUCGAUAUAAACCCUGUAAAUUGCAUUAACGAGUUCAAAACGCACCAGGUAUAGCGGUGAAAGUAGAUGUAGGUGUAUCCAAAAUCGAUGGUUGCAGAAGAGGCGGUGCAGUCGCCGCGUUCAACAGAGGCACCUCGGAGAUGGGCGAGUUAUCCGAAGAGUCUCCCGGACUAUAAGGCUCGUCUAAAAAAGUAUUACCGAUAAUAACACGCAAGUUAUAAGCGAGAAAACUGAAUAAGUACCUCCUUCCGAAACGGCCGGCGGCGUGGUUUCUCUCAAAGCGGGCGGCAUAAUCAAGGCAGGGAUUUUAGGCAAGCGCGGAUCUUUAACGGGCGGCGGCGUGUAAGAUCUCGAGGGCGGCGGAGGCGGUACGACUGGCGGCGGCACGACGGGUAAAGGUGGAGUCUCGAUCCGGCUCUUUUUACUGCUAACAGCCGGUACCGCUUCACCGUACGGUCUUUUUCUCUUAUCUCGCACGAUAAUGCCCAGCAGAAGAGCCGGCCUCGAUUCUUCGAAUCCUGCAAAAGUUUAUGCAGAGUUAACGUGUUUCUAGGAGGAUAUUAUUGUUUUACCUGGUCCAUUCAACGGUAGCAGAACUUGGGGAAUGGGUUUUUGCGGCGCCAGCGGAUAGAUAUAGAAGUCUUUGACGGCUUUGUUCAAACUCUUCACGACGCCCAAUCUGUCCCUGCUGCUCAAGUAACUGUACAAGGCUAAAUAGGGCAUUUUUUCCUCCAUGUUUGUGGCGUUUAAUCGAAUCAGCGAGAUUCCUUUGCUGUUCGAGCACUUCAUUUUGCCGAUGUAGUCCCAAACGGUAUCGGGCGAUAUUCUACCUACUAUAUCCAAAUUGGGUGAAAGUUCUUUGUUCAAUCCAGAACAAUCGCCUACAAUUAACAAAAAUUAAUUGUUAAUAAACUAUAAAAUAUUCACAAAUAAUUACCAGAAACUUCGUGUGCUGUGAUAGAUAUCUCAGCAACGUCUAUCAUAUUAAUAACACCUCUCCAUAUUUCCGCUGGUUUAAUUGUAGGCGGGGGAGAUGUGCUUUUUGUGAAACUGCUCGGUUCCUUUUCUUUUUCAGGAGUCGUAG